ACAACUUUCCGUCGCAUUCCACUCCUCCCGCCUGCACGCCUUCCCUCCUGCCACCUUGGCUCCUCACAAAACUCUCGAUCUUCCUAGAAUACCACAAUCGCCGAUCCAAGCAGUCUCGAACCUAUCCACAAUGUCAAACGGGAACGGCGAGCACGCUGCCGCGGCUGCCAACGGUUACCCCGCCAAACCCCACUCAUCCAAGCCGUCCCCGCGGAGUUUCCAGGAAGUGUGCCACGAGCUGAAGGACAAGGUCGAUGCCUUCUUAGCGGAUGAUCAGAAGACAGAUAUCUUGCGGAAUGUUCAGAAACAGCUGCGUGCGUCAAUGGGCGUCGUAGACGAGGCGUUGGCAAGAUACAGUCUGGAACAGAUUUCAAUUUCCUACAACGGAGGCAAAGACUGCCUCGUACUCCUGAUCAUACUCCUCGCCGCCCUCGCACGUCGAUACCCCUCUCCUUCGAAAGCCUCCCACACGAACGGUUCGAAUGGCACGACCUCCUUCCCCCCUGAGUUCCAGGCAGUGUACAUCGUAUCGAAGCAUCCAUUCGCCGAAGUUGACGAUUUUGUUGAAACCACCAGCGCCGAAUACCACUUAGACGUAAAACGAUAUGCCAUGUCAAUGAAAGAUGGACUCGAGGCAUACCUAGCAGACAGACCAAACGUAAAAGCCAUUUUCGUGGGGACGAGAAGGACAGAUCCCCACGGCGAGAAGUUGACAGAUUUUGACCCCACGGACUCCGGGUGGCCUGCGUUUAUGCGGGUGCACCCUGUAAUUGAUUGGCACUAUGCCGAAAUUUGGGCAUUCAUCCGACAUUUGGAAAUAUCAUACUGUCCUCUAUAUGAUCAGGGCUACACGAGUUUAGGCGGAACACAAGAUACCCAUCCCAACCCCCAGUUGAAGACCGAAGGACAGAACGGUGCGGGUUUCCGACCUGCAUACGAGCUGACGGAAGACGACGAAGAGAGAUUAGGUCGUGAUAGAUGAAGUAGUGCCGUACGACUCAUUGACGUUGACUUGCGGAGCCUGCGAGAGUUUGGAUUAAACUCGAGAGUAGCAAGAUUUAUCAUGGAGGAGCCAUCUUUAUAGAGAGCGCAUAGACUUGCCGCAUCACAACCAAUCUUCACUGAUUCAUUUUCAGCCAGCCGCGCCGCUUACACGAAACAUGCGAGGCACGUCUUGUUAUCUGGAACUUGGUUCAUUGACUUUCGGGGACAGUUUGUAUGACCAUCAAUACCGGCAACCCCACGAUUGCUCCAUGAGACAGCAUGUUUCGAUGUGAGCAAUGACGAGGAUAAUUCUACGCAUGUGCCCUGUCUUUUUCUCUGCCUCAACUUAACGCCAUGGCUGCACCGGCUGCGCCGGUAUCAACAAGCCGCUAAAACGCGCACGUUAGUGGCAGUGUACGUCAAAGGACAUGCGACGCACGAAGAGAUUCAGAACUAUCAACACACCUAGAAUUCAACUGUCUUAAAUUAUCUGAUUAC